GAGGGGACAAAGCGCGGUGGAGCAUCAGGCAGCAGCCCCCGCCCCGGUGCGCAUGCCUGCUCCCCACCCCCACACUGCUGAGUUAAUGAGAACCAUAUGAGUGAGAGCCUGCAAACUCAGUGGUUGUGUCCCACUGGUGAAUUGUGCUUCAUCCUGCCGCGAGCUUCUGUGCACUUUUACUGAGUAGCACAGUGUUGUGCAGGUAAAACAAGCUGCAGGGACAGCAGUCAGCGUUUCCAGCUUUUUUAUAACUUGAGCUGCGAGAGAACCAAUCUCAGGAGAUUUCAGACUAAGUUUGUAGCAUCUUAACAAAGAGAAGACUUCUUCAAACAGAAGACUUUAUUAAGGAUCACCUUAAAAUUGUGGGACAAAGAUGGCGGUCACAUUUGUCUUGGGUCUCCUUUUGAUUUUAACCACCCAAAGUUACGAGGAAUCGACCACAGAAGGCAGUGGAUAUGACUCAACGACUCCUACUACGUUUGAGCAGGACAGCACUCUCUUUACAUUAGCUUUGGCUACAGAUAUUCCAGUGACCAACACAAAUGGCACAUAUAUUUUGAAUUUGUCAUUUGAAACCAUCGUGAACUUCCUUAAGGAACACAUGUUUCCAAUUAUUGUCAUUGGAUCACUAGUGCUUUUGCUAGUAUUCAUUAUCUGUACUGCAGUGAUAUGUAGUCAGAAGAACAAAGCAUCAGCGUAUUACCCUUCCUCCUUUCCCAAAAAGAAGUAUGUUGAUGAGAAAGACAAAAUUGGAGGGAAGAAAACCUUGGAUGAAAUUCCUGAAAAGAAUAGUGAUGCACCCAGUGAAGAAGCUAUUAGCUCUACCAAACAGCUGGAAGCUGACAUUUUAGCUGCCACCAGCAACCUCAAGUCCCCAACUAAGGAACAACAAAUGGCAAAUGGAAAAGAAACUAAACUUGAGAUUAUAGAUGAGACGGCCACAAAGAAUGAAGUUAGUGAAGCUGCUAAAAAUGUGCCAGAAGAACCAUGUACAGAAGCAGGAGAAAACAAGUUGUGUGCCUCUCAGGACAUUAUGAUGGAAAACCUGCAGCUGGACAAGGAGAAAGACACAACCGAACAACAGAAAACCCAAGAUACCAGUCCAGCACCUGAAAACGAAAAUGUAAAAGAGGAAGUUGAAGCCAAUGCUCCUUCCACAGAAGCUGCAACAAGCCAAAGUGAUCAGUCCACUUCAGAUACUCAAGAAAAUAUCAAGGAUUCUACUCCAUCCUGCUAAUGGAUAGCAGAUGACUGUGCCUUUUGUAUUACAAAACAUUUACCCAAGCUGUUCAUGGCAUGGACCUAUGCAGCUGAUAUGAAGUAUUUGAGGAAUAUUGGUGGUGUCACUUUCUGCACUUGCUGUAAUGACACAAACAGCAUGUAGCACAAUUGUAUGCUUAAGUGCCAAAUAACAUAGUCCUGGAUGCUGUUUUCUGUAACUCUGCAUCAAAAUAUUUUCUAUUUCAGUACACAUGCACAAAAUAUUUUUGUAUGUGUUUUAUGGUAUUUCCAGCAUUGUGUAGACCACUUUGCAGGUAAGACGAGAUCAUUCACUAGUACGUAUAUUUUGUAUAAUUCUUUAAGCACGAAAAUAAAAAAAUACUUUUCAGCUAAAAUGAAGCUCCAUUUUGCUCUGUUAUGUUUUACCUGUAAUCUAGUGCAUUGUUCUUGUACACCUCUGAAAAACUAUUUUUAUGGUAAGAUUUUAUAAUCUUCCUAUGGAAAUGAUUUUUAUGUAUACUGUGUGUUUAUACACACACAAUCCUAUGUCUGGAAGUCUGCGGUGAAAACUGAGAGGUAACUGUUGCAUAAGGUUGUAUUUUAGAAAAUUCAUCUAUUUGUAUUUCAUCUUCAUUUUAAAGUGGGGGCCUAAAUUUAUAUCGUUACAGUAUUAAAAGUUUGAUUUUUUUUUUCAAUUAAAUUUAUCUGAACAGCCAUGCUGUGUUUAAAAUUUUACAUUUUAAACGCCAGCACAUAUUAGGUUAAUUUCAGUAUUACUGCUUAGAACGCAUUUAUCAUUUCACUGUAUGUUUUGUUUUUCAUUUUAUGUAAAUAUGCUUUUUUUUCUCUUGAAUGUUUUAUUGCGUUUUCAUUUCUUAACCAAUCUGUACCAGAGUCUCUAUAAAUGCAUUCUGAAAUCAAAAUGAAAA